UGUCAGAAUAUCGGAGUGAAGAGAACUUUGGCAGUCCACCAACAAUGUAGAAAAACUUUAACCAUUUUCACGAGUAGAUUUGCGUGUAUAAACCCGUGUAACAGUCGAUUUAGUCAUGUUGGAUUAGAUACAAACGGAUAUUCUUUAAAAAGGUAGUAACGAUGUUGCUUUAUGGUUAUUUUAAUAACAAUAAUAAAGUUAGUUGUUUAGGCUUUAGCUGUGAUCACAAAAGAACUUAGCUGGUGUUAGCUAAGCGUUAAACAGCUAGCAUUAACGGCUCAGAAUCUCCAGAGAUUCGUCAGAUUUGUAUACAGACACCUUAGGAAACGAUAGAUGAAGCAACCCCGGUGAUAAAAACCGGUAAUUUGUAGUUUUAGCAAACAAACUGACAUAAAUACGCGACUCUCCUCUUCCUCCUCCUCCUCCUCUUCCUCGUUGUGAGCUCGUGCGCUCGGGAUGUCGUCUCGCGGCGGUCUGCAGCCUCUCCGAGCUACAGUUCCCUUUCAACUGCACAACAACAACAACAACAACACCACGAAAAACCCAACACAGAGAUGGAGAGAGGCCAAAUCAGUUGAAACCAAGACAAAGGCUCGUCCCCCAAAGCCAACGCUGAGACGGACGCUUUCCCUGGACACGUUAGUGGGACCUUACCUGCAGGGCCAGUGGCCCAAACAGCCCGAGAGCCAGAGUGUAACCUGCGUCAAUGACAAAGCCACACAGACCCCCAGUUCGUGGACAGAGGAAACACGGGGGAGAAGAGGUGGGGUGGGGCACAAGCGCUCGGCAUCAUGGGGCAGCGCCGAGCACCUCAGAGAGGUCGCUAAGCUGAGGCACUCGCUACAGAAGCGUUCCAGACAUGCUCCUCCCUCCACUGGCUACGAGCGUCUUCAUCAGCCCUCACCUACUAUCCAUACACACAUGCCUGGAGCCACACAGACCAUCCCUCUGUUGCCUCUAAGCAGGCUGGCUCCCAGACUGAGGCGCAGUGUAGAGGGGCUUAACCUGGAGCUGGAGGGUGUCUUUGUGUCUGAAACAGCAGAACAACAGCACAAGAUUCUGGAUGUACCAGAUGGUCACAGAGCACCAGUUCCAGUGCAGAGGUGCAGUAGUGGCUCUCAGAGUGACCUUUCCCCUGGUCUCCUCACCCCCUCACAGUCACCCUGCCCUGAAUCUGGUAUGGUAGUGUGUGGGCCACUGGAUCCCUCUCCUUCUCCUCCUUUAUAUGUGAUUGACGCACCGUCCUCCUCCCCCCUUCCCAACAAGACCUAUGCUUUCCAGAGAGAGCCUCCAGAAGGCUGUGAGAGAGUGCGUGUGUGUGAGGAAGCCUUUUCUCCAUGCCACGGUGAUCCCCCUGCUCAGCCUUCCUGCCCCGACCCAAACAAAGUGAACUUUACUCCUCACGGAGGCUCAGCCUUCUGCCCUGUUAGUCUUCUGAAGCCACUUCUCCCUUCAAUGGACUUGCUGUUUCGUGGCCUGUCAGUCUCACCUGUGACUGGCUGCUCGGGACAAAACCCCUGUAUGACAACCGCAAAUCCAGUGAGCGAGUACCUGCCCCUCCCAGACUCUACCCCCUCCUCCAUUUAAAAUCAUGGAAGAUUUGAGAUGGCAAAAAAAGGAGGAAGUGGUAACCAAAAGAUCAGAAGAUUGGUCUGUUUUGUACGAUCUCAUCAUAGAACUGACCAAGUAAUGGCUUACCAGUAGAGGUAGCAAGCACUAAGUGUUUACUCUGUUAGACUACAGGAAAGACAACCUCUCACCAAAAGACAGUAAAAUAAGAGCUCUGUCACACUCAGGACAAACCUUCAUAUUUCAUUCGUAAAAAACAAACUCUCAAACCAUAAGGGAAACUACCAAAUGUGCAUGCAAUGCGGAAUAUUCUGCUGUUUCUUUGUUUAAAUAGUGGCUUGUUCCCUUCAUCUGCUUUUAAUAAGGUUUAGUGGAUUUUGAACCUGCACCUACAUAGCAUACAGAGACUCCUAGUGAUGUCAGCCUUAAUUCAAAUGAAAGCCAUUACACGCAUCAUAAUGCCUUUUUCAAUACAGAAGUCCAUCUUGCUCCACCCUUUUGUACUCGACUUUGGAGUAGACGACUGAGAAGAUCCCCACAAUGGGUUCAUUUAUUUUAGUCCUCUAUAUUUGUUUUACACAAUACAGCUGACAAUCCUAUUAUUAUUCAAAGUCACCCCUGAGCUUUUCAGCUUCACAGUUUUAUUUAGCAAACUGUCAACAUCAACCUGUAUGGUUGACCAGUUAGGUUUACGUUUACUAAAUGAUGUGAAAAUGUUUCGAUUGAGUAUUCACGUGGAUUAAUGAGCGUUUUUCAUACAAGGACAUCUUUGAUAUUAACCAGAAAAAGCAGACGAACAUGGAUUUGAAUGAAAAGCUUUCUACGUAGUGUUAACCUGAGAAAACAAAAUGCUUUCAGUUCAAAUUUGAAAGUAGAAAAAGGCACUGAUACCCAUUUUUUAACUGUAUUUUUGAUAUGCAGAAAGAAUAUUUUUGUUGGUUUGUCUAUUUUCCAGUUAUGAAAAACUCUUUCUCUUGUACAUUUAUCAAGGUAAAUAUCUACAUUAGAAUGUAGCAAGUACAAGUGUGUUUGUAUUAUAGCACUAAACAGUCAGCAUUGUGUUCAUUACGUGUGUGUGAGCGCGUGUGUGUUGGGAUUUUUCAAGGAACUCAAAUGUUCCUGUCACCAGGCUUGCAAUAGUGGAAGGUUGAUUCACUGAUUUAUUGAAAGCUUUAAGAAGCAAAGUGUGAUGGUAUUUGCUAAUGUGGUAUUACAGAUAUACCACUAAACUUUCACUGCAUAAUUUAAUGUCAUCACAAAGGUGUGUGUGUGUGUGUGUGUGUGUGUGUUCACAUAAAGUAGCAGUGCAAACGUCUUUGCACAUUUUAGAUCUUUGUUUUGUUUUAUAUCAAAGUAGUGCCUGUUUUUUUUAUACCUAGAACUUAUCAUCCCAGAUCUCAGGGUAGUUUUGUUUGGAUUUGGUUCCGUUCUGAAUUUCAGGUCAGAUGACGUGCUGGGUGAAGUCACAUGUAAAUGAAUGGUUAUCAGGGUGUUUUCUUCAUAAAGGGUCUUUUGCAUCUUUAUUUUUUGUUCUCUAAAAAAAAGGUGCUUUGUAAAGUUGCAUCUUAGGUUUACAUAAUUUCCUUUAUUUGUUAUUGUUUGUGACAUGCAGUAAAUCAACAAUGUCUUCUCAGAUUAGACUGCUGCAAAUAAAUUGUUUGCUUGUA